AUGGUCCCCGCCCAAGGAUCAGCCAGCUCGCCAACCAUCGGCGCACAAGUUUGGCCAGCCGACGCAGGGGACGAUGCUACGACUGUCGAUGUUGUGUUUGUUCAUGGACUCCGUGGCAAUCCAAUCAAUACUUGGUCAAAGAAGGACGGUUCUGGGACUUCGGUCUGCUGGCCUCGGGACUUGCUGCGGGGAAACUUGAAGACGGCAAGAGUUAUCUCGUGGGGCUAUGACACUGAUAUUGCCAACGUCUUCUCCCGCGCGAGCGAGGAGAGCCUCUUCGGUCAUGCCCAGAAGCUCCUCGGAGCUCUUAGCCGCCUGCGAAAUGAGGUUGCUCGACCAAUUCUCUGGGUUGGACACAGUCUUGGGGGCCUGGUUAUUAAAGAAGUCAUCAUUCUCGCCGCCUCGUACAAGAUGACUGAACGCUACGCAGACCUUGGAAGCAUGUACCAUGCUACAAUCGGCAUUAUCUUUCUUGGGACGCCACACCGAGGAAGUGACAAAGAGUCUCUGGGUCAGAUCAUCGCAACGGUUGCCAAAGCAACUCUUCGUCGUCCGAACGAGCAACUUCUGGCCACUCUUGCCAGCGAUUCCCACGUUCUCGAAAAACAACGACAUAACUUCAUUAGCAUCACCAAAGACCUCCCUGUGUUUUGUUCACACGAGGAGUUGCCGAUGCAUCUUAUUGGAAUGGUACUCCCCUCAUCCCUUCCGCAAUAA